CGGUUCUAUCGGGCACAAAUGCCCGCUGCACCCGGAAGUAGCCUCGCCGCCACUAGUAGAGCGCAGGGAAAAGUUCGGCGCAGGCACGGCCAGUAACGUUCCCUAGGGGAGGCGCUGAGACGCUACCGGGGCUGGAAUGUGACCUUCCGAUUGGCUCCUCAUGAGCGUGGUUCCGCUGGCCUGCUGCGUGUGGCGGGGAAGCUGCUGUGGCGAUGGGGAGUCGGGCGGAGGUUUUGAAGCUUUUCAGAGCAUUGCACAGAACACGGCAACAGGUUUUUAAAAAUGAUGCCAGAGCCCUAGAAGCUGCAAGACAAAAGAUAAAUGAAGAAUUCAGAAACCAUCAAGAUGAGACCUCUUCUGAAAGAAUAGCAGAGCUUAUGAAAAUAGGUUCAGAUGUCGAAGUUCUGCUCAGAACAUCUGUUAUACAGGGACUUCACACAGGUUCUGACAGUCUGAUGCUUAUACCCAGGAAAGAUCUGCUACUAGACAAUGUUCCUUACUGUGAUACUCCACCACGAAAGCUUUGAACCUUCAAGGAAUAAAGUACAUCUUUUUUUAUUUUCUUUUUCUCAAACCAAAAUUAAUUUCCUGGAACAAAAUCCCUGAAAACAAGUAGCUGAAAUCUCUGUGUUCAGACUAAACUUAGAAAAUAUUGAAUCCUUUUGGCAGGAAACAAAGAUUAACUCAAUCCACUGAUUGUACUCUGAACUAGGAAGGUGUGUUUGAGAGAAGCAAGAUUGAUGUUGUGUUUCUUCUCUUUAUUAGGAAGGAUUACAUUUCCAUAGAAACUAAAGUCCUAUGUUGUUUUCUAAAAAUAUCCUAGAUGUACUCUUUUAUCUCUGCCAGCACUGGGUAUUGUCAAGUCUGAAAAAAAGACUCCAGAGAAAAUGUUUCAUUGUCUUUCGGAGGAUUUGCAAAGAUUAAUAAUAAUAAUUACAAAUAGAAGUAGAGUGUUUAGUCCUGAAAAUAUUUAUUUAUAAAUUCAAAUAUAUUGACAAACUGCUGCAAAAUAAUGGUGAAAAACAUUCUAUAAUGUCUAGUUAUCUUUUUAAUUUUAAAUUGCACCACAGACCUGUUUUCUGAAAUUGUCAUUAUCUGUACAAUAGUGCACUGGUAGAUUGAGAGGGUUUUUAUAAGGCACACCUAAAUAAAUUAUCAGCCUUUACAGAUAGGACAAUGAGUCUGUGUUUAUAUUUUUAAUGUGCAAGGGUGACACAAGACUGUAUUGGGUUUGACUGUUUGGAUCACACUGGAGCAAGGAAACUUAGUCAGCCUAACAAAUUGUGCUAUGUUAAUUAGACCAAAAAGAACUUGCAUGUUAUGACCAUAGGUUGAUCUACUGAGGCAUUUGUCAAAAAUAGAGGCUGAUCACAUUCAAAGUGGUGAUCAGUAAUAACAUGGCUGUGUAUGCAUUUUAUUGCCAGAGCCAAUAAUUUUAGUUUCAAAAAAUAAUUAAUUGGAAUAACCUGAUAUAAGUAUUGUCAGUGAGGGAGAUGCAACCCACCAGUAUUUGAUAGAUAUAUUUUGAUAGAGAGAAAUGAUGGGGGGGGAUCUAGUCAGUUUAUUCAAAUGAAUGUGGUAGCAAAACUAACUACAUAAAAUGUAAAAUGUUCACUCUGAUUCACAAAAUUGCCUUAUUCUGUCAUUCUUCAAAUUAGAAAGUAGUUGUACAUUAUAAAAAAGUAUAAUAAAAUAGAUUGGUAAAUGAAAA